CUACAGGACGGCUUUUUGGAGCAGCUUAUUGAUGAGCCCACCAGGGGAUUGGCUGUUUUGGAUUGAGUGCUGUGUAACGAACCGGAGGUGAUUAGGGAACUAAAGGCCAGAAAUGCCUACAUUUUACUGCAUUUGGCCUUGUGAAAAGUGCAGCUACUGCAAUGCAUUGAGUACAAGAAAAUGUAAGAACCGUAGUGAACCAAUGAGCAAUGCAGAGCAGCCUCUGUAUUUAGAAGAUAAGAAUUUGCUUCUUGCGCACAACCAAAAAAUUCUUGCAACUUAUUCAACUACUGGGAAAGGGCAUCCGUACUUUAGGACUGCUGAUGGAUCUCAUCUUGUGAGCCAGAAAGCAAAUGACGAAUCUGCGUGUGAUAAAGCCAUUGAACAGCUCUUGGAAUUUAGAAUAAAACCUGAUGCCCUCCAUAGAGGAUUAAAGAUUCAAUGUGGUAAAGAAGUGGUUGAAGCAAAAUAUCAGCCUUCAAGUACUUUGGAGUCAGCAUAUGAAUUCAGGUCUCAUGAAAGUUCAUGUGCUAGGGAUCUAUUUUCCAAUCCAGCAGCCAAGGUAACUGGUCCUGCUCUUGGGCAGGAAAAAUAUCUUCUCAAAAUGGAUUUGAUGAAAGAGAAUGAAAAUGACUCUAACCUGUCCUUGGACACAGAAUUUGAGCUGUAUAGGAAACUGAGUGAAAUGUCUUUACAACCAGUUUCUGGUGACUGCUUUCAAGAAUUUGAGAAAAGAACUCUGCAUCAGUGCAUUCCUGAAUAUAAGCGUUCUGCAAUAUCAGAUACCUUGGAUAUGGAGCCAUUUCCUGGUUAUCACAGUAUAAACAACACAGAAAGCCACAAUAUUUCUGACUUUGAUUAUGUGGGCUGUGGAGAAAACUUCCCAAAAGUACAAAGUCCAACAGCAUAUCCAUUAGAAUCAUUUCAGUUAGCACAUUGCUCUGAUCCAGCUGAAGACACAGAUGAAACUUCUUUCCUUUCUGCUGUUACUUCAACACAGAAGUCAUUUGUGCAUGAAAAUAAUGGGAUAUCUGCUUCCAAACCUGCAGAAAGGCCAAAUGGAGCACAACUUGCAGAAUGUAAAUCUGCUGGGAUCCCAGAGGGAAAUAGCAAGAGUGUAUUCACUGAUAGCAAUAUUGAAGUUCCUAAUGGGAGCAAAUUUGAACAAGUAGAUAGUAGACAUAACAGUGACCUUCAGGAUGAAGUAUUAUUGGAAAAUAUGAAUCAAAGUGCUCAAUGUUUCCCUUUCCAAAUUGCAGAAAGUGCUAAUGAUCAACCUGCCUGUAGUACAUCCACAAAAAUCAAAAGUGAUAGUCAAGUACCAUUGGAGCCACUUAAUGUGAUGGGGUCUACAACUUCUGCUAAUGCAGUUUCUAAAAUUCAGGACACCUUACAGAAUCAAGGUUACCAAAGACAAAAUAAUGCAGUAUCCACAUGUGUGGAUUCAAAUCAAGGAUGGGAAAAGUCCUAUGAACUUUUGGACAAUUCAGAUCAGCUGAAUUUGUUUGAUGACUCAUUUGUGUCAGCUGUUGGUGAUAGUAUUAUUGCAGGUAUGUUGGUGGCAGAGCAUUGCACUGAUGUGUCUGUCCAAAUGAAUAAUGCUUUUGAAUCAUUAGAGAUAGCUGGGGGCAAUAAUAAAUCUACCAGCUGUGUCCAUCAGGCACCAGAUUUGACACCUUCAGGAAGUGCUACCAUGUUUCAAAGUACUUGCAUUGAUACCCAGGUGAAACGCGACUGCUCAUUCAACAAAGACACUAAUGAUUUAAUUAUAAAGGUCGAUCGAACUGUUGAUGCUGGUGCUGAUUUCAGAGCUGACUUCACCAUGGAUAAAGCCAUAACAGCUAUGAUCUCUGUUGUUGACCGAGCUAACAACACAGACAUAAUUUUGAUGAGCAAAAAUAGACCAACUCUGUGUCAAAGUAAAACAUAUGGAACUGUGGCUUGUAAUACCAAAUGGUCCAUUGCUGAAUCAACCAUGAAGCAACAAAGUACCCAGACAGUUAUGGUCAGUACAGAGGAGAAAUGCACCAAUACUGUCCUGCAAACAACAGAUAUUAAUUUAAAUGAAAAGGAAAUGGACAAUAACAGAUGCAAAACCAAAUUGAAGAAAGUUCUUGGUGAACUUGAAAAGCUGAAGAAAAUGUGUAAAAGUAUGGAGUUACAGCAACAGGGUUCAGUUUACCACCCUGUCACCAAAGAUGGAAAUCAUUCAUCAGAUUGCUGUUGUAAUAUGAAGCAGCGAGCUAUAAAAGCAGAGUUACAACUUUUGAAAAUGCAAUACUGGAUGUGUCGACAGCAUUGCUGGAGAAUUCACAAUGUGAAUAUUGAAAAGAGCAUCUUUGGAGACCUGGGGUUCCCAGGAUUUGAAGUGGAUAUUGACGAUGGCACUGCAUUAUCUUCUGCUUUACAAGAGCUUAAAAAUAACUACGAGAGCAUGAGGCAGAAAGUGCUGGAAGGAAUAUCUUUGGACAGUCUCCCUUUGCUGUCAAUUGAGUUAAGAAGUCUGCCACAUGCUACGUUUGUUCCCGCUAUGUUGGGAGAGAAAUCACCGUGUUCUUGGCAUCAGAGCAAUUCAAACUAUAGAGAUGAAGUUGCUUUGAUUGAAGAACCAUCUUGUGAAGACCUAGCUAGUAAACAUUGUGAAGAGGAUGAUAAACCCAAAGAGAAAUCUGAGGAACUCUGCAGUGAUCUUAAUCAAUAUGUGGCAGAUAAAGCAGAGGGUUUAUGUGAAGAUAUGGUAAAACAAGGAAUCUUAAAAACAUUUGCUAUCUAUUCUACACCUUCAGUCAAGGACCUUGAAGUAACUGAUGACUGGUUUGAUGCAGAAGAGAAUUUCACUUCUGGUGUCCCUGACACCAUGGAAGGCAAGGUGAAUAAUCAAGGUGGAGCUAUGACAGCAGUAGAUGAACCAAGAAGCAAUGAAUGUGUUCAUGUUGAUAAAACUAUGGAAAAGGAGACAGCUCAAACAAGUUACAUUUAUGUAGAUGGAUUGCCCAGAAUAGUAACAGAGGUGGAAUUAAGAAGACUUUUUCAGAAGUACCAGGUGUCAGAAAUUUGGCUUUGCAAUUUGCACAGUGAAUACAGGUGUGGAGUUCUAAAAGUUGCCUCUCCCAACUUUGCCAAAUUAGCAGUGGAUGAAAUGAAUGGAAGAGAAUGUCAUGGAAAGUCCAUUAAAGUGCAUAUGGCAAAAAUCUCAGGAGAUUGCAUGUUAUCUGUGAUUAAAAAUCACUCACAGCUUCCACUGAAGGGGCACCAUCUGAUACAAGACCAUGUUACCAAGGACACCAAAUUCAAAGUGGAGAAUCAAUGGGAGUCUUAUUCUGUAUCAACAAACGUUCUUAAUGCAGCUUCUCAUAAGAUGAGCAGAAGGAAAUAUAAACAGAUGCAGUGUCUACAGGACACCCCUACAGCAACAGGAACAUUCAUUCCCCCAAACUCUGCUAACUUAAGUAGUUUCAACAAACUAAUGAAGACUCUCUUGGAAUCACACCCUGAAGCAAACAGGAAUGAUAUCAUUCAAGCAUUGAAAGAAGUAAAGGCAAAUAACAAAGGUUUUCUGAGUGGCUUGGCUCUAAGCACGAUUGUCAAACUGGCAUCUGCCAUCUUAAAAAGACAGUUAUCUCCAAAAAGCAAGGUUUAA